UCAAGCGGAUUUGAACCGACUCAGCGGAGGGUUCAGGGACUCUCCGGAUAAAUAUACAUAUUUAUAUUUUUAAUUUUAAAACUAAAAAUACGCUGUCACCUGUUGCGUCUGAUAUUUUUCUUUAAAUUAUAUUUUGCUAUUGAUAACUAAGGACCAAUCUUCUUUUUUUUUUCAUUUCUUACUUUGAAAUAGUAUUUUAACAACACUUCAGCCAUGACUACAAGCAUUGAGCCACUAGAAAUAACUGGCAACGAGCUGGUCCACGUCCUCAGGACCCCCCUGGAGCAGUACACCUCAGACGGGUGCGUGGUGCUGGACUGCAGGCCCUUUCUCGACUUCUCCCGGGCACACAUUUGCGAGUCCCGGAACGUCAACUGGAACUCCAUGCUGCGUCGCAGAUCGAAGAGCUCCGUGGUGGCCCUGGAGUGGCUCAUCCCGGACAAGACGCUCCUGGGCCGGCUCCGGGGCGGGGAGUUCUCCCCCGUGGUGGUGGUGGACGACAGGAGCCGCUCUCUGGCCGACCUCAAGUCGGAGAGCGUGGCCCAGAUGCUGCUCACCGCCCUCCAGAACGAGGUGCAGGCGCAUAUCUGCUUUCUGCAAGGUGGAUUUGAGUUUUUUUCGGAGUCCUUCCCCGAGCUUUGUUACAUGUCUGCCAGUAAGCACUUCUCUGCAGUGGAACCAGAGCCACCAGUGCCCGGCCGGAGAACGCCUGCCUACGAUCAGGACGGCCCGGUGGAGCUGUUGCCCUUCCUGUUUUUGGGGAGCGCCGUCCACUCCUCCCGCAGAGAGAUGCUGGCCGCAGCGGGCAUCACGGCCGUGCUCAACGUGUCCUCCACCUGUCCCAACUUCUACGAGGGGGAGUUUCAGUACCUGCGGCUCACGGUGGAGGACACGCUGGCUGCGGACAUCCGGGCCUGCUUUCACACGGCCAUUGCUUUCAUCGACUCUGUGAAGCAGAGUGGAGGCCGGGUGCUGGUGCACUGUCAGGCAGGAAUCUCCCGCUCAGCCACGAUCUGUCUGGCCUACCUCAUGCACACGCAGCGCGUCCGUCUGGACGAGGCCUUCGACUUUGUGAAGCAGCGCCGGCACGUCAUCUCCCCCAAUCUUGCUUUUAUGGGACAGCUGCUGCAGUUUGAAACUGACAUUCUCUGUCAGGGAUGAGGAUCAAAUGCACUGAGGGAACUCUCCAUUUCGAUUAAUUCUCUCUCUCCCCGUGAUGCUGCGUUGAAGUCGGGACAUCGUGAGGAAUCAAGUGAAUGAAUUUUCUUUGUACCAUUAUUUUUUUUCAAAUGGUACCAAUCAGAAGGGCUACUUUGUGGAUUCAUUUUUUUAAAAAGCUAUUUGUGUUGCUGGCAUCACGUAGCUUGAUUUCCUCCUGAAACAGGGGCCGUAUGUUGCCGACGCAACAGAAAAGCCCAGUGCAAUAAAGACAUUUUGAAUCACUGUGAAGCUUAAGCCAGCAAGUUGGAGCAGCUACAAGGUGACAAGCCUCAAGUUUUCCGAAGUAGUUCCUGCUUGUUUCAUUGUAUGUGAGUGUGCAUAUGCAUGUUAUCCUGCUGAGUGUAUGUGCCUGUCUGAUUGAAAGGUCUGUCUUGUUUCAUACUAAAGUAACUCCCUCACGGUUGCAGCCAUUGUUACAUCAACGCUACACUCUAAAGUGACAGCAAUAUUGGGUGAAUAUAAAGUUGGUGUUCUGAAAAAUGCACUAAAGUUGGAUGUCUGUCUAUAUGUGAGAUGGAUUGCAUUUAAUCUGGAAGAGGUUGUUUUUAAUCAUGUAAAUAGUUUUUUUAAUUAAUUUAUUACUUCAUGAUUUGAGACUGUAUUACGGCCAUUGAUAUUUGUUACAGCACUUUACACACGCAAGUUUUUUUCCUAUUUCUGCUGUUUUGUUUUUUCACUGGAAUAAAAACUUGCUGACAAACUUA